AUGUCUUCUCCACGAAAGCAGCAACCAGAUGAGGUCGCGGACAAGGUGCUGAAAAGAGCAGAAGUUAGCAAGAUCGCUAGAAGGUUGCAAAAUCGGCUUGCUCUUGCGCAAUUCAAGACGAAGCAUGGCUGGGAGGACCUCACACUCGACACGAUCGAACCGAAAUAUGAGGAAGAGCUGCGCCGGAAGCGCAUGUGCGAAAGCGACGUGCUGUCCGACUCUUCCUCCAGUGCUUCCGAUCUGCCAUAUCCCACGAGGACCCUCAUGAGCUCCCCUUUGAAGGCUCCUCUUUUUUCCGACGCCAUAGGUUCGAGCAACGGAAGCACCGGCCAUCGCAAGCGAACGUACAAGGCUUCUUUCGAUUAUCCCUCGUCCAGUCCCAGCAAACGCUAUCGCUCCUCGCCUACGCCGCAAAAGCCCGUACACGCUCACCUGUCGUGGAAGGAAAGCCACCAGCUUGCACAGUCAUCUCCUAUCAAGCCUAGGCGGCAACAACAUUUCACAACAUCUACUGGCCCUGAUGUUUCUUUCUUCCAAGGAGCUCGAAGGAUGGCUGACGAACUCGUCUCACCCAACUUCGCGGCCAACUCGGACGAUGAGGAUGAUCUCUUGCCGACACAGUCGUUCAGAACCAACUUGCGCUCAUCACCGCCUACGACGCCGCCAAUGCGCAAUCGUCCGAUCCCCAAUCGCCGCAUUAAAGACAGGCCUGCUGGCUCGGGCCCGGCGAAAUCGGGCGAGGAGGGUGCCGACCUCCUUUUGUAUCUCGCUGCUUCACCAUCGCCAGCGGUUCCUUCCACAAAGACUAGAAUGGAGCCCCCAUCUACACCACCCUCUAAGGUUGGCCGCGACAUGACACUCCCAUCGUCACAUAUGACCACUCCUGGCGGAGGCAACCUAUUCCCUAACACCCCAGGGCAAGGCUUUGACUUUGCUGAGUUCGUCAACAUCACCCCCAGUCCCGCGCAAAAGGCAUGGAAGACGCCUGUUGCCCUGUCAUCAGCAAGGACCCCCGUCAGCCUUACAAGGAGGCGGCUCACAUUUGACGAGCCCCUUGCGUAA